AUGCAGAAAAAAAUUAAGGUACAUAUCGAUGAGACGUCUAGUUACGAACCACUUAAGAAAGACCCUACAAAAGAACUGGAAAGAAAUGCUAAAGAGAUUUUGGGGCAAGUUAAAAGAAAAACCACCAUACCCAUGCGACUUCUUGAUAAUCUUAAGCCAUCUCAUUCAAAAACCCCUGAACUGUAUGGAUUACCCAAAUAUCAUAAACCUGAUACACCCCUGAGAUCCAUAGUCCCCAUAUGCAACUCUCCUUUUGUGUCUGUAUCAUGGCUGCUUGAAAAGUUACUUCACCCUCUCUUCAACAAAAUACCUUCACACCUUAAUAGCACCGAUGGCUUUCUCAACAGGUUGUGCAGAUAUGAUUUACAGAUGAAUUCGAACACUAUUCUCUUUACUCUUGAUGUCGUUUCUAUGUAUCCUUCCAUUCCAAUAAAAGAAAGUAUAAGCUCGGUUAUAAAUCUUCUUAGAUCGACCAGCUGUUAUACUACCAUUGAUAUUCCUACAGAAGUCAUUGAAAAUUCUCUCAGAUUUAUAUUCAACAACAGUUACUUCAAAUUUGAUUCAACUUUCUACAAACAAAAGAAAGGCAUCGCUAUGGGCAAUAAUAUUGCUGUCGUUGUGGUCUCUAUUUUUAUGCAUUUCUUUGAAUCAUCAGCUCCUACUCAGUGGAAUUUUGAAACAAAUCUUGAACCAAUUAGAUGGUACAGAUAUAUUGACGACAUUCCUUUCUCUUUUGGAAUUGGUUAA